CUUCGCCUUUCCAACAUUAUAUCUGAAAAAAUGGACGCUGUGAAAGAACGACUGGCUCAAUUCUCACUGGAGGCUCACGAUUUGUAUCUGAGCCAAUCGGUUCCAUACAUAGAUGGGCCGCCCGACCCCCUGCACUUCUACCGCGACUGGAUCGCUCCCAACAAGCCGUGCAUUGUCCGAAACGGCUUCAACCAUUGGCCGGCUCUCUCCAGGUGGACGCCCGCAUACCUCAGGGAGAAGGUGGGCUCCAAGGUCAUCAGUGUGGCAGUGACCCCUAACGGUUACGCCGACGCCGUCCGUGACGGACGGUUCGUUACACCUGAAGAGCGGCGCAUGAGCUUUUCCUCUGUGCUGGACAUUAUUCAAGGGAAGGUGAAGCGACACGGCGUGUUGUAUGUGCAGAAGCAGUGCUCCAACCUACUGGAAGAACUUCCCGAACUGACGGACGAUGUGGACGCGCACGUUGUCUGGAUGAGCGUGGCGCUAGGAAAGAAACCGGAUGCUGUCAAUUUCUGGCUCGGUGAAGCCAACGCCAUCACUUCCUUGCACAAAGAUCCUUACGAAAAUGUUUACUGCGUCGUCUCUGGACAGAAAGACUUCAUCCUGCUGCCACCCACUGAUAGACCCUUCAUACCUUAUGGUCUCUACCAGCCCGCAGUUUACAGGCAGAAGGAAGAUGGUGACUUUGAAGUGGUGGACCAGAAAAACAGCCAGAAGGUGCCGUGGAUCCCCUUGGACCCCCUGGAUCCAGACUUUGAGAACUACCCCAUGUAUCGGCAAGCGCGACCGCUGCACUGCAGCGUGAAGGCGGGGGAAAUGCUCUACCUUCCGUCACUGUGGUUUCACCACGUGCGCCAGUCGCAUGGCUGCAUUGCAGUCAACUUCUGGUACGACAUGGACUUUGACAUCAAGUACAACUACUUCACACUUCUAGAUGACCUCACGACCUUACAACACGGAACUGAGAACUAG